UGUUUUACUUACGUGCUGCACUACUUUGGACUAUCAAUGAUUUUCCAGCUUAUGGAAAUCUAUCUGGUUGGAGUACCAAAGGGAAGUAUGCAUGCCCUUGUUGUAAUAAAGAUGUUCGAAGUCAAUGGUUGAUGCAUAGCAAAAAACAUUGCUAUUUGGGUCAUCGUCGAUUUCUAGCUAUUGAUCAUCCUUAUCGUCUAAAUCGAGCGCAGUUUGAUGGGACAAUUGAGAAACAUUCUAGACCUGUUCGAUUAUAUGGGUUUGAGAUUUUAGAACAACUAAGAGAUUUUAGAAAUGAAUUUGGAAAGGAUCAACCAGUUUCCUCAGCUAGGAAAAGGAAAAGGAGGACUAAAGAUAAUAAUGACUUUGAACAAAGUCCCAUAUGUAGGUAUAAUUGGAAAAGAUUGAAUGUAUUCUUUCAGUUACCGUAUUGGGUGGAUAAUUUGCUUCCACAUAAUCUGGAUAUAAUGCAUAUUGAGAAGAAUUUCUUGGAGAAUCUCUUGUGGACACUGUUGGGGAUGGGCAAGACAAAUGAUGACAUUAAUGCUCGAUAUGAUCUAAAAGAAAUGGGGAUAAGAAAGGCACUUCACCCACAAUCUAAGGGUGACAAAGUGUUUCUUCCACCUGCAUGCUUCACAAUGAGCAAAGAUGAAAAAGAAAUUUUUUGUAAUGUGCUAAAAACUGUCAAGGUCCCUGAUGGUUAUGCAUCAAACAUUUCGAGGUGUGUGAAUAUUAAAGAACGACAAAUCUCUGGGUUAAAGAGUCAUGAUUGUCACAUAUUAAUGCAACAAUUGUUAUCCAUUGCUGUGAGAAGAAUAUUGCCUAAACAUGUUUGCAGAAUUAUCAUUGAGUUACGAGAUAUAUUUAGGCAAUUAUACUCGAAAGUGCUUACUGUAGCAGAUUGUGAAACUUUGGAGGACCGUACUCCACUGGCCCUUUGUGAACUUGAGAAGAUGUUUCCACCUCCAUUUUUCAAUAUCAUGGAGCAUUUGCUUGUUCACUUGCCUGAAGAGGCGAAACUUGGUGGACCAUUUCAAUUUCGGUCUAUGUAUCCUAUUGAGAGGUAUCUGUGUACUUUGAAAAAUUAUGUACGGAGUCGAAGUCACCCUGAAGGUUCAAUAGCAGAGGGCUACUUGGCGGAAGAAUGUAUGACAUUCUGUUCCAUGUACUUGGACAAUAUUGAAUCAAAGUUGAAUCGCCCACCUAGGAACUAUGAAGGUGAAUAUUUAAAUAGACAGAUUGGCCGUCCCUUAGGAAAAGAAGAGGUCAUCUAUUUAGAUGAUGUCUCUUGGGUUCAAGCUCAUCGUUAUGUUCUUGGAAAUCUUGAAACUGUUGAUCCUUUUCGCAGGGACCAUAAGCAUUUGCUAAAACUGGAAAAACCACGCAUGUCAAACUAUGAAAGGGAGAAAAUUCAUAGUGAAACAUUUUACAAGUGGUUUAAGAAGCAUGUUGCAGAUUUGGAAAAAUCUAAUAGUUGCCAUGAUUAUUAUAAAGAAAUUGCUUAUUUGGCUGCUGGUCCUGAUAAGUGGGCAAAAAGCUAUUCUGGUUACAUUGUUAAUGGUUUUCGUUUCCAUACUAAGAAGCGUGAGAUGAGAAGGCAAACUCAAAAUAGUGGUGUAUUUGUGAAUGCUAGUGCCAAUAGUUUCGCUAGUACAAAGGAUAAGAACCCUAUAUCUGGAAUUUUAGAAUACUAUGGGGUCUUAGUGGAUAUUGUUGAGUUGAGAUACUCAAAUGACAUUAAAUUUGUGAUGUUCAAGUGUGAUUGGGUUGAUAAUGUCACUGGAAUGAAACAAGAUGAACACAACUUCACACUUGUUAACUUUGAUCAUAUAUUGUACAAGCAAAACACGAAGAAUGAUGAGCCUUUCAUCCUGGCCUCUCAAGCACAGCAAGCUUGGUAUGUUCGGGAUGCAUUGGAACCUGAAUGGAAUAUAGUUGUCAAGAUGACCCCUCGAGAUCUUUUCAUUAUUGAUCCAGAAAUUAACAUAUGUGAAGAUAUCCAGGAUGAGCAUUCUGGAUGGCAACAUGUUAAUAACAAUAAUUCUGAGGAUAGUAACGUUUCAUGGGUUAGGGAAGGUGUUGAUGGAGUUAUACUUGAUGCACAAACUACAAAAUCCAAGGCACACGUUGCUGAAGUUGAUGAUGGAUUCUUCUCUGAUGAGGAUAAUCUUGGGAUUGACAAUACGAUUGAUGAUACAAGUGAUGAUGAUGAUUUUUUUGAUAAAGCCCAACAAGGAGACAAGGCUGAUGAUUGACUCUAAUUUUGGAAUAUAAUCCUAACAUUUUGUUAUAUGAAGUUUAGACAUGCCAAUAUUAGAUGAAGUUACUGAUUAGUAUGAAAAAUAUUAAUUGUGGGAUCAUUUUCACUGCCUUGGAUGUCAAUUUAUAAUUCCUUAUGUUCAUAUUAGUCUCCUUGAUAACCUGCAUUCUACUUCUUUUUUUAGCAGGUUGGUAAUGCUGGAUUUACCUUAUGUUCAAUUUAUGAUUCCUUAUGUUCAUAUUAGCAAGUUGGUAAUGUUGGUUUCAUUGGGUUAUAGUUCCUUAAUAUGUAUAUGUUCUUUGUGUUUGCAGAUUUUAGAAACUUAAAC